CUUCCCUUACAUCAUAUAACUUCACAAUCUGCAUUCGCCCCUCGAUCAAUCGACUGCCUGCCUCCCGGACCAAGUGUUCCUGCUGUCUCUGCCGACGAAGUCACUCCCGACUUGGCCGUACCUGCCGUACACCUCCUCUGCUCGUCGAGACACCGCCUCACAUCUUCAGCCGACGCCCAGCGUGCGCAUUUGCUCAGCGCACACAGCUCCCGCCACGACGGACAUCCCUCUCGUAAAUCCGAAAGCAGUCUGUUGCCCAAGUGCCCCUUUCCCGGGCGUUUUCUCCUGUUGAUUGGUUCCCGUCGUUUUGGUUUUGCUCAUGCUUCGAGAUCCAUCAACUCACACCUGAUCGCAGUUGCAUUCGCGGCAACUGACUUGUCCUCGUACUUUCCUCAAGAAUACAUCCGUCGCUCGAGAUGUUUUCGGUUUUGUCUCUAUCAUAUCAAGCUUGGGUAGCACAUUCUGAUAUCAGCCGCACGCUGAUAUUAAUGUGCUAAAGAUUUAUUUUCUUCUGUCUGUUUUCGUUUCUUUUCAUACGAAUGGCUUGUAUGGCCAUCCGGCAUGGAUUUUACCACUUCGUCGCAUCACAGAGAUGCAAAACUUCCUGGGAAAAGGACAUGGACUCCAGGAACCCCUGAUCGAUCUGCGGGCAGUCCGUUAUCUAAACCAUUGUCAGGUGAACAUGCAUCGAUCAUCCAGACAAGUGAUGAUACUCUGCCCAGGAAGAAAACCAAGCUCUCCUCUCCGCUGCCGGUGUCUUCUCCACCACGGCCGGGAGGCGAGUUGUCCCGCACUAGGCGGAAGGUGGAGGAUUUACCGGACAAAAUCUUGCGGCAUAUUUUCAUGUUUCUUCAUCCUGUCACCCUGGGGCGAUUGAUUCGUGUCAAUCGCCGUUUCCAUUCGUUGCUUGACCCCAGCGUCCCCUUGCAGGAAGACCUGGCUCCAACGAGCCAAAUUGCAUUGCAAAGUCAGGAUAAAAUUUGGGCUGCGUCCAGAAGACGGUUUCUGCCAGGCUUCCCAAAGCCCUUGGAGAAGUUGACAGAGUUGGACAUGUGGCGACUCAUUCGAGGCCGGUCAUGCCAAUUCUGUCAUGCUGCAUCCUCAAAAGAGCGAUCGGAGACUUCAACAUCUCCUUGGAGCGCCGGUCCCGGACCAGUGGAUGUACGUACGAUCUGGCCAUUCCGCAUAAGAAGUUGUGGCAGAUGCUUAGAGAAACGAAUUGUCAAGGAAACGGAAGUACUGAUCACAGGCUCCUCCGUCCUCCUACCUGCCUUGGCCUAUGCUAUAUUGACUUCCUCAUUGGACUAUGUUCCCUCAACACUGCUCGAGCGAACAGCGCCGCCUUCUCAUGUUCAGCUUACCAAGUACUAUCUAAAAGCUCAUCUCGAAGAAAUGCAAGCCGAGCGUGGUAACGUCCAGGCACUCGGGACUGCUGCCUUGGAAGAGUGGUACAAGGGGCUGGAAAGCUUGGGGAGAGAUAAACUUUUGGAUGCUGCAAAAUUAGAGCAAUGGGAACUUCAAGGCGGUCCCUCGAAGAUCGCCGUACCCGUAGCGGAUAGUGCUUUCGAUACUAUCCAAUCGACCGAAACACCUGUGGCUCGGGAUCGUCCGUUUCCUGCACGCGCCCAACCAAUGCAGGUAAACCAACCGACAACUUUGCCACCAUCUAUAUCGGGGGGCUUGUCUCCCAGUUCAGGCUCUAUGGAGAUCGACACAAGUAGGCCGCACACUGCUACAUCUUUCCGAAAUCUUUCAAAGCAAAAGACCGAGAAGAGUAAGGAUGAGGCAGAGCAGGUCAAGCUCACACGCCGGGAAGCAAUCGAACAGCGGUGCCUGGCCAUGAAACCACCUAUAAUGCCAGCAACUCUGGCCUUCAUGGAAGCUUUCAAGGCUUCGAUUAAAAUCGCCAUGCCGCUCAACGAGAAUGCUUGGGAAAUAUUAAAGCCACGUCUCCUCGCGCAACGUGCCGCUGCAGAACGUGAGGAACGACGUCAAAAUGCUGCCUCCAUGAAGCCCGACGAACUUGAAUUGUUUGAGCAGGAGCAACAUGUAGCACAAGAAAACGAAGCGAAUAUGUGGUCUGAACUGAAAAUUCCUUCCCGAGACAGAAUUCAACAAUACGCUCGCGAUUUUAUUCGCCAAACCUGGUCGGACGGUCGGGGUGUCACCAAAGCGACAGCUAGCAAGUUUGCAGCCGAGGUACUUUGUCAUGUACGCCAGCGCUUUGGUGAAGACCUUGCAGGCGAAGACAGAAUGCUUGCGCUGAAAGGAACAGCAUUUCCACAAGAUUCCGAGUCCCUGCUGUCUCGAAGGUUAAAGUUGAAGGACAUGAAGUGGACGUUCGAUGAGCUGGUCAAACCACAUACUGAACGUUUCGGUAAAGACCUGUUCCUGUGCCGCGUGUGCGAUAACACGCAGAAGUUGUUCCCGUUUGAAGCAGUCAUUCAACAUUAUGCUGCUAAGCACACUCACGAGCUAAGUCACGGCAAUGCUGUUGUUUACUGGGAUGCCGACUGGCCGGUUGAUCCGCCUUUUGAUCCCUCUCCAAACAUCCCGUGGGUACAGGACCAGAAUCGCAACCUUCAACAGCAGGCACAACAUCAAGGGCAGUCACCUGCCUGGCAACCUCCGAAUAGCAUGCGAAGUAGACCGCAACAAAAGGUCGCGGUCCAAAAUCCCGCGGUCGAUGUCACUAACCUGAUUGUUGAAUACUGGCGCAGGACUGAUGGCAUUUGGGACCUUUCCAAUCCAGUCCGACUUUACGUUAUCAUCCACCACGUUAGCUCGAGGUUCAAGCGGAUGUUCAACUUCGAACUUGGACUCCCGCUGUUUCGAGAUGUUUCAUUUAAUCGAUCCGAGCUGUUCUUUUUGCGCAAUUUGUCCGGACUCCGUUGCGCGAUCUGUGCCGAGAACUUGCGAUCUAUACCGAGCCGACAGGGUGAAGGCAGUGGAAUUGAGCAUGACGUUCCAAACUUACUGAGCCAUUUUCAAUCUGCUCACUACGACCUAGAUGCGUCGAGUAGCAACCUCAGUUUGCAUGGAGUGUCCCAAAGACCAGGCAACGGCGUGCAGGGUUUGGUUUGGACGAGGGAUAUGAUCCUACUUCCGAGCAGUGCGGCGAUAAUGGCUCUGCGGCACUCACGAGGCAUUGAUGAUGACAAACUUCAGGUCAUUGCUGAAGCCUUUCCUAAUUACUUUUCGGAAGCGUCACCAUAUGUCAGUAUGGGACAGCAUACUGCUCCGCUAAUCGACGCAGCCCCAUUGCCUGUUCCACAUUUUGCGGGACCACUGCCGCCUCGAACACGCAAUAUCAGUGCUUAUGACAGGGGCGCUCAGCCACACAUGGCGCGCUCAGAAGAGUCCUUCAACGCCCCAGAAGACGAAUACGAUCUUCAUAGACGUGGGCAUCUGGCGCUCCACAGACACCCUAUGGAGGGUCGGGCUGUUGUUCCUCCCCUACCACUCGAUCUGCUUGAGCACAGAGCCGCGACUUCAGCUGUCGAAAGAUACCCGUCUCGUCAGGAAUACCCUUCCAGAGUAUUCGAAUCUAGCCCUGCUUGGGAGACGCGCAAUCGACAAGGACCCCUUUCCCGAGACUCCAUGGUCUACUCGUAUGAAGACGAAUCAUCCAAAUGGGGGUCAUAUCGGGAGCCCUUGACCGCUUAUAGUGAAACCACCAUCUCCGAAGCUCGACCUAAUAGCAAAGCUGGAAGUCGACAUUCGUUCCAGUUGUCAGCGCCCUCGCAGCACUCCGCACCACAAGAUUCUUUGGGUGACGAUCGUGGGUCGACUGCAGCAGAGGAAUUCCUCGCAAAUUUUGACCCGAUGGCAGCUCAAGGUACCGCUGAAAUUGGAGGGCUCAGCGGCGCCUCGUUUGCGACGCGCAACGGAUCGCGACCUCCGGAAACGCUUGGCUCUAGACCGAGCACAGGGCUUUCUAGGAAUCAAAUCUCCCAUCGUCCAUUGCUUGAUGCAACUGGUGGAAGUGACGGAUCAUCACAGCGAAUGAAGACACCCGCGCUAGCAAUGGUCGAGAGUGGCAGAACGGCGUUGGACGAUUAUGACCGAGCCCAGCCUGGUAGCUAUGAAAUGGCGCCUCAUCUGCGGUCUGCAUUCUAUCUCCCUACGGGCCGGACCGGACAUGGUGACUAUCUUGAUGACUUUCCCGCGGUGCAACAUCGAACCCACCAGGACGAUGGUCUCAGGGAGGUGAUCGAGCGAGGACCAGCACCUGCUGAACCCCUAAUAGGAGCUCGUUACCACCCUGAGAAUAGAUACGCGCGUCGACUCAGACGGUAUGAGCCAUCUGUGGAAGUGUCUGGACAAGGAUAUCGUUAUCCCGCAGAAGAAGCUCCCACACGGUACGUUGAGGUCCGAGACGACAGACGCCCAUAUUACAUCGAGCACCAACGAUACAUUGAUGAAAGGUUGCCGGCCGAUGAAGUUGUGCGCCUCGGUGCCCGAGAUGCCGGCGCCGGUGAUGGCGGUUACCGUAUGCGCUAUCAUUAUGAGGGACAUGCGUUUCCUUCAGCCACUGAGCGCUAUCGCGUGAUUGAGCCUAUGGACGAGCCCGGUCGAGACCAUGCUGCGGAGGAUGAUGGCCGUGGAGUCAUGUACGAGGCCCAAUACCAGAGACGUCGCCAUGAAGCACCUUGAUUCCGUCAAGAGCUUUGCAAACGGUGCUUCCAGGCUCUUUCAUCAUGGUCAGAGGAGCAAGUCGUUGAAAGUACAAAGGCGCGGCGAAUGGGUUUGUCAUGGUUUGUGGCCAUGGGGGAAUCCGCACCCUCGAAACACAGGCUCGAAUGCCGAAGCUGGAAAAGUUUCCUUGUGAUUGAUUUAACAUGAUACCCCCUUCUGUACUCGUUAUCGGUUCUAUAUGGUGUAGCGUCUUUUCACCGCCCUAGAGUGCUCCUUUGAAUAAUACUACUUUUCGCCAUAUAUUGUUGACGGGAAGUUGAGCAUGUGUUUUUGGCCGACAGCUGGGCGUUGCUCUCAAACAAGCCCCCCAAAUCUUUCUGCGCCCUUGUGCAAUGAAGCAGAUGUGUUUUCGGGGGGAUUCACACCCUCGCUUCUAUGACGCCAAAAAGUGCAAUGGUGUGUAGG